CUCUCCUGAAGAGACUCACAGAAGCAGCCAACCUCCUCUCAAAGCCACGAAGAAGAAACAGAGACAUGGCCUCUCGCAUUGCAGCUCUCCUCCUGCUGGGUGUCAUCUGCAUUGGGUUCGCAAGAGCUCAAGUUGUAGUGGACUGCUGUCUGUCAGUCGCUGAGAGGCCCCUGCCGCUCCAAAUCAUUGUAAGCUACAACAUUCAGGAAGCUGGAAGAGGCUGCGAUAUCAGCGCUACUGCGUUCAUUACAAAGGUUGGAAGAAAACUGUGCGUCUCCCACCCCCAAGACAAGCCAUGGGUGAGAAAUCACAUCAAGUAUCUGGAUGAGAAAAAGCAGAGAGCUCAAUAAAUCAGGUGUAGAGAGGAGUGGUGGACUCUGGGUAAAGAUGGCUGAAGAUCAAGAAGGACUGACUCUAAACUGAGAGCUCAAGACGUCAGAGUCAUUUCCAUUUCUGUUCAGAACAUCAGAACAGCCCCAUUGCACUGUAACACAGUUUGAGACAAUCAAACCUGUAAUAUCAAUGUUUCAUCUUCUUUCUGAUGAGACAGCAGCUAAAUGUACAGUUUUGUGUGUGUUUUUCUCAUUUGUGGUGACUUUGUGGUAACAUUUUUGUGAAUAGCUCUUUUCUUCUUCCCUUUCUAUCAUCCUGUGAGUGAAAUAGAAAGAUUUGCCUUGACUUGCCCACAGAGUGAAGCCUGGAGCUACUAGUGACAGUGACACUCUGUUGUUUGUUUGAAUCCUAAAACUGAGGAAAAUGUUGUAAAAAUGAUGUUUGACAAGCUGUUUAUCUUUGAUGAUCGUGCUAUGACGUUUCAGUGAAUUCACAAUGUGCAGAUAACUUGUACAAAAUGUUGAUUUGUGUGUGUCCAGACCAUUGUCAAGGGUUCUCUUUAAAAUAAAGUUUGAUCUUGUUUUGUAA